AUGUAUUGUGGGUCAACAUGGAUAAGGAAAUUGACGAUGAAACAGUGCGAUAUAUGUAAAACAAACAAUCCAUUAUGCAAACAAGAAUUUGAGAAAUGGCUCGCAAUGAUGCGACCUUGGGAAAGUGUGCAUAUCGACUUUGCAGGACCAUUUUAUAACUCGAUGUGGUUAAUAUGUGUCGAUGCGUAUUCACAAUUUCCAUUUGUUUGUCAGCUUACAAACAGUGCAACAUCCGAUACAAUAGCAGCUCUAUCGUCGAUUUUUGCAAUAGAGGAGUUACCCGAAACCAUUGUUAGCAAUAAUGGUCCCCAACUAACUGUUAAAAAGUUUGCAAUUUUUUGUAAAAGCCAUGGGAUAAAGCAUGUUACGACUGCAUUAUUUCAUCUGGCUUCUAAUGGAUUAGCUGAAAG